AAAAUGGUUUUCAUCAAUCAAGUUAAAUGACCCAAUUUAAUAAAAUAAUACUGAUUGAAUGAUUCGAUUGUCGCCAGUUUUCUGCCUACAAUAUUCAACUGGACUUUUCAUUUUUCAAACUGUAUGUAUCAAUCGACCUUUUUACUUGAGAAUUUUGAUUGACUAUUGUCUAGUAUCAUGUAACGUCAUACGUCAUCCUGAAAUCAUGUCAAUGUCUCUUCUCUAAUUCUUCUUUAUGGGGUAAAACAAUACUAAAAUAAUCCCUAAACAGUGAUUAGAAGUAUUAAAAUGAUGUUGUUCGCGUCUAUCGGCCUAUGCCAUAUACUUUGCACGUAUAGCAUGGCUAUACAAGAUUCGUACAACGUCCUGCUACAUGAUAAAGCUAACUACAAGGUCGAUCUCGUUAUAACUGAGGACGACUACGAGAUGGUCGGGAAACAACAGUUAAAGGAAUUCAACAUAGACAAUAAGAAUAAGAUUCGAUUAAGUGAAUUCAAAAAAAAGGUGCAAGCAGCAAAUAAGAAGGCCACCAAAAAGCCCGAGACAAAAAUAACGUUCCCCACAUUAAAAGAUAAUACUCCUCCAAGCUCCAGUGCGGCUACCCCAAUUUCGUCCGACGAAGCAGUCAUGCCGGUUGCCACAGACGAUGUGACGCCGAUGUACCCUAUAGAAACCCCUAGUACAACUGAAACAGUUGUGCCUCUUUACUCAGACGACGCAAUGACACCUAUAUCCCAGGAUAAAGCGUUUAUGCCUAUUUCUGACGAAGCAAUAAUGCCGAUUUCCCCAGACGAUACAUUUACUACGGUUGCUCCCGGCGAUACAGAUUCUCUGCUUUCUAUUUCCCCCAAAGAUUUUGUUAUGCCAAUAAUUGUGGUGACGGGGCGCACAAAUUAUAUUAUCUCUUCCUACAUGACUCCGCCGGGCGAUGCGCACGCGAUUAAGAAAAGAGAGACUAAAACAAAAGAAAACGAAACGGAAUAUGAUUACGAUAGCCUCUUAGACGAGUAUUAUGAACAGGAGAAAAACGAAUCUCGGUCAAAAGAUACGUAUCAGAUAAAGAAAACAGUUCUGUCAGACUACGGUGCGAUCAAUAUGGUGAAAACAAUAUUACUACUGAGAACCGAAACUGAAAACUGCACGCAAAAUGUGAAGGGAAUCGGGUUCCAUGCGAUUAAAUGUCUAAUACACGAUUACAAUAACGAACGUCAAUUAACUAAAGACAUAUCCGCGAGAAUGUGGAAGAUUAUACAGAUAUGGUUCCUGGUUUAUCUGGCUAUCGCUGUUCCUGUUUGGUGUACAAGAGGUUGGUGUUGCUGUUGUUUGCGUUGCAAGUUCUUUAAGCCCCAGCAAACUAUCGAGGAAGCGAAGAAGUAUGUAGUCAUGUACCCACCAGGAGUGUUCAAAAAGAAGAACGGGGAGCUUAUCAUGUACGAUCCUAGUCCACGCGAGAAAGAAUGUUAUGAAGAGUUUAAACAUUUUAUAAAGACUUUGUAGUUAUUUUAGGGCUUUUUACUGGCAUAUCUGAAGAUACAGACUUAUUUUAAAGCCAUUUUAAAUUUUGCUUUUAUUGCGUUUUAUUUAAGACCCCUAAAUAGGGCUUUCUUGAGGCCCUCGACGUUAAAACUUUGAGGUCUCUAUAAAAACGGUUGAGUGUGAGUGAAAUAAAUUCUCAAGAAAGUUUUAUUUAGGGGUGAAAAUAG